AUGGAAGUGAGAUGUCGUCCGGCGGUGCUGUGCUGUGUUGUUUCGCUCCUGUGCUCCGCGCUGCCCCGGUCGCUGGGCUCGCUCCUCACGGACAGACAGUACCUGAACGAGUGGGCAGUGGAGAUCCCGGGCGGAAUGUCUGCUGCCGAGGCCAUCGCCAGGGAGCUGGACUACAAGCUGGUCCGACAGAUUGGGGCCCUGAAGGACCAUUUCUUGUUCAAACACCGCAAUCAUCCUAGCAGAAUGAAACGAAGCGCCAACCACAUCACCAGGCGGCUGUCGGAGGAUGAUCGGGUGCUGUGGGCAGAGCAGCAGUAUGAGAAAACUCGCAGCAAGCGAGCGUCCCUUGGGGGGUGCAGGGACUGCCCCGUGGAUAAGCUGUUUGAUGAUCCCAUGUGGAACCAGCAGUGGUACCUGCAAGACACAAGGACGUCCUCCUCCCUGCCGAAGCUGGACCUGCACGUGAUCCCCGUGUGGCAGAAAGGCAUCACAGGGAAAGGAGUGGUCAUCACCGUUCUGGAUGACGGGCUGGAGUGGAACCACACCGACAUCUACUCCAACUACGACGCAGCAGCCAGCUACGACUUCAACGACAAUGACCCCGACCCUUUCCCCAGAUACGACUCCACCAAUGAAAACAAGCAUGGCACCAGGUGUGCUGGGGAAAUCGCUAUGCAGGCUGACAAUAAUAAAUGUGGAGUUGGAGUGGCCUAUAACUCAAAGGUUGGAGGGAUUCGUAUGCUGGAUGGGAUUGUGACCGAUGCCAUUGAGGCCAGUUCUAUUGGUUUCAACCCGGACCAUGUGGACAUCUACAGUGCCAGCUGGGGACCCAACGAUGAUGGCAAGACAGUGGAGGGGCCCGGCCGCCUCGCCCAGAAGGCUUUCGAGUACGGGAUCCAGAAGGGCCGUGGGGGGAAAGGCUCUAUCUUUGUUUGGGCGUCAGGGAAUGGCGGGCGUCAGGGCGAUAACUGCGACUGUGACGGCUACACGGACAGCCUCUACACCAUCUCCAUCAGCAGUGCCUCCCAGCAGGGCCUGUCCCCCUGGUACGCUGAGAAGUGCUCCUCCACUCUGGCCACAGCGUACAGCAGUGGAGACUACACCGACCAGAGGAUUACGAGUGCUGAUCUGCACAAUGAGUGCACUCAGACUCACACGGGAACGUCAGCCUCUGCCCCGCUGGCUGCUGGGAUAUUCGCCCUGGCACUGGAACAAAACCCGGAUCUGACCUGGAGAGACCUGCAGCACAUCGUAGUCUGGACCUCAGAGUUCGAUCCCCUGGCCAAUAAUCCCGGCUGGAAAAAGAACGGAGCAGGAUUGAUGGUGAACAGCCGCUUUGGAUUUGGUCUUCUAAACGCUAAAGCCCUCGUGGAUCUCGCUGACCCGGCCACAUGGAAGCACGCGCCCGAGAAGAAACAGUGUAUCGUCAGGGAUGAUUCUUUCCAGCCAAGGGAGCUGAAAGCAGCAGGGGAGAUCACCAUAGAGAUUCCAACCAAGGCCUGUGCAGGGCAGGAGAACGCAGUCCGCUCUUUGGAGCAUGUGCAGGUGGAGGCCAGCAUCGAGUACACCAGGAGAGGAGACCUGCACAUCACACUCACCUCCCCAUCCGGCACCAGUACAGUGCUGUUGGCUGAGCGAGAGAGGGACACGUCCUCUAAUGGAUUCCGAAACUGGGACUUCAUGUCUGUCCACACGUGGGGAGAAGACCCUGCUGGGACAUGGACGCUAAAGAUCACAGACACCUCGGGCCGCAUGCAGAACCAGGGUCGGAUUUUGAAUUGGAAGUUGAUUCUCCAUGGAACGUCAGAAAAGCCGGAGCACAUGAAGAAAGCUCGAGUGUACGUUCCCUACAACGCCGUGCAGAAUGACAGACGGGGCGUGGAACAUAUGGAUGACAUGUUGGAGGUGAGUCCCACACAGGCAAACCCACUUCCUAAGACUGAAGCUGCUCAUGCCGCUCCCUCUUCCAAGCCACAGAAGAUGCCCAAGAGGCCCUCAAACCCAGCCUACUCCCCCUCUCAGGCCCUGCUGCGUCUCCUGCAGACUGCAUUCAACAGGCAGAGCCCACAGCAGCAGGACAGGAACCUCUCACCUCCAGCUACAAGACUCCCCCCUCAGAAGCUGUACCAGGCUCUGGACCUGAUCAACAAGUACAGCGGCCCCGAGGACAGCAUCUACAGCGACUACAGCGACGGCUUCUACAGCACCAAGCCGUACAGGCACAGAGACGACCGACUGCUGCAGGCCCUGUUCGACAUGAUCGAUGACAACAGCAAGUGA